AAGCGAUUGUAUCCAGACCACACACGACUGUGCCCAGCCAAGCAACGUUAUGUGAAUUCCAAAGACGCGUUCAAGGGACGUUUCUCAAAGCAUGCUUUCAUCCUGCCAAUAGCUUUCGAAAUGAUCUCUUGCGAAAAAAGCAAUGAAACAAGCCAGUCUCCGAACGGUUCGCGCUGUCUGGGAAUCAUGGAUUGCCAGGAGACUAAGUCGAGCAAGUACUUUGUCGUGCGUGAUCUUGCAAGCAGAAAAAAAGGCGGCUGUAUGGUUCAACGGAUAGUCAAACUAAACAGUGUUCCCGUUGAAUGCAGCUGUUACUGGCCCCUAUUGCUUGGUAGUAGUCCUCGUCUAUUUUUUAACAGACGUCGUACCUAAACCGCAAUCGAAGUUUACAAUUUUCUCAUUUAUGUCGUUCACUGUUUUAAAUCCUAUUGAAACUUUAUCUUACAACGCUAUGCCGUUAGACCUUGCUAAAAUACCACACUGUCGAUAUUUAAAUAAAUUAAUAUCUUAUUUUCACUUGUUCUGGUGACGUCUGGUUCUCAUCGGUGUUCGUAAACUGCAAGGCCAGGAAAAACAACUGCAACAGCGACGAAUCAUAAGAGAGGUUGCUAAUUCAGCUAUAAAAACAAUGAAAUUAUUAUUCAUCGUUCAUGAUAAUUUCUCGGACGACUGAGUUCGAAGAGCACUUGUGUGCUCGACACUUUUUCGGUGUCGUCAUCCGCCAUUUUGAAUCUUCAUACGGAUUACCGCUGUGCUUUCGGUCCUAGACUCCCGUUCCAUUUUCCUCGUUUUAGGUUUCCUUUUCUCCGUUCUCCUUUCCCCGUUCCCCGUUUCCUGACUUUAUUAGCAUCUUUCAGUGAUACACUUAUGUUUUGUAUGGCUCCGCUAAAAUGCAUUGCUGGUAAUUUUCUCUGAAUAUAUUCGCCAAAUUUAUUUCCUUCCUCCGGCUUAUCAAUCGGAGUGAACCACAGAAAAAAUGAAAAAAAAACAAGUAAAACGUUUAAGUCCAUCUUUAUAGCUAUCGGUAAGAUUGUAUUUACGCAUGAUUAGCAAACUCGAUCACAAGCACGUGCAGAAAAACAAGACUUAAUUUAGCAUAAAAGAAGGGGAGUUUUGGCCCUCAGUUUUAGGAGAUACCCACUUAUUUCUUUUGGCAGAUAAGUUGAAUUAAAAAAAGAAACAAUACUUUGUCAAUCAAGGUGGCACCGCUUCACCGACCGAGGAUGAAAAAAGCCCACUUUAGAGAUACGCAGCCAAUUGCGGAAGCAAUCAACAGGACAUCAAAAAAACGCAUUGUUCUUUCUUCUCGAUCGUUCCAAGUGUCUUUUUCUCGACCAAACGAGAAUAAAACCAUUACCCGGUGGGUUCUUGUAAAGCAGCGCUUUAUAAUUACAAUUUUUCUGACUGGUGGAGAAAAUAUACGCUGUUCUCUGUCUUUUAGAAAAGAAUGGCUGGCUUGACGUGCUCGAUUGUUGGUCGUUCAAGCCUACCUUGAUGGAGUGAACAAAAAGUUUGUGUUUCUUUUCUACGAAAGCCACCUGCUUUAGUGAGCUACAGCCCUUCCUAAAUUUAGCUUCAGAUUAAAAGUUGUCAAAAUUUCAAAACAAAAGUAAUCUACUUAUUUUUUGACAUCUUUCGCCGGCGAAAUAUUUCAGGACCAAUCUUCAAGCCGGCAAUUGUAGUAUGCUCAAAAAGCAUUUAGCCGUGGUCACCCACCAUUCGUUCUAGAACAAGAAGAAAUAACAGCCCGCUCAAAACCUUUGCGUGACUUAAACGUUGGAAGGAGAACAAGUUUUGACCAUGAUUAAGUCGAAGAGUUCUUCUUGGAUGUAAACAUCAAUAACAAUUCAUAAUCCCAGAACCCCUUAAUGAGAUAUCGCUCUUGUUUACUUGUUUCUCUGUUCUAAUUACAUUGUACGCUUAUUAAAUUUUACAAUUGGCCUUUUUCAGUAAAUUUCCGGGAGUGACGCAGAUGUUCUCAAUUCACACAACACCUCAGGGUGACUUCUAACAAGUCAUAUGGGAAUUGCUGGAUAUUCUGAAUACUUAAAGAACUGGUUGAAUUGUGGUUCCUUCCUGCUGUUCUGUCUCAGCAGGGCUGAUGCAAUUAAGGUUUUUCAAUUUUAGCACGAACACAAUUUGUUGGAGUUUUGAAAGCAAUGCUGUAAAGAUGAUCCCAGAUUAAUGCUGUACCCGGUGAGGUAUUCAGAAAACUGAAUUGGUAGAGUAAAGUUGAACUAGCUUAAAGUGAUAAUCAUAAUGAGACUUUGGUAAAGGGAUACCCCAAAAGGCGACAAUUGAAGAAAUAUAUUCUGAUGGGACAUGUGGAAAACGUAGAAUUAUUGCAUUUACGAUUAUUUACAGUCAAAGCUUUUAGUAAACUCAUCUUGGAAUGGACAUUCUGUAACCUGCCAUACAUUUCUUCAAACGACGUCAUGGCCACCAUGAAUAUCGUAACCAGCUUCGUAUUUCACGCUUUAUAUUCACUGAUAAUAACGGCUCUGGUGCUCAGAAAACCUCUAAAAGUCGCAAGUUCGCAUCAAGCGAAGAUUCUUAAAUCCGGGGACAUUAUUAUAGGCGGACUCUUUCCUGUCCAUAGAUCAAGUUUGUUGGACAGUUCGUGUACUACGCUAGACAAGGAAGGGGUCGUUUUAACAGAAGCAAUGGUUUACGCUGUGAAGUACGUUAAUGAAAAUAAGCUGCUUCCCCAGCAAAUAACUUUGGGAUAUGACAUUCGUGAUACUUGUGGGAAGGUAAUCCAUGCGUUGAAGGAAUCUCUGGAUUUUGUAAAUGAAAGGAAAGAAGUCUCGAGUGAAAGGGAAUCUAAUUCCACAACAAAAUUGCCGACUGCCGCAUCACGUCAAAAUCUGAUUGCAGUUUUGGGAGCUGGAAAUAGUGUCAUCUCAUCGGCGGUUAAUGAUAUUCUCAGUAUUUUUAGAAUACCGCAAAUUGGCUACGCUUCCACUUCGCGAUUAUUGAGCAACAAAAAUCGUUAUCCAACAUUUUUAAGGACGGUUUCGCCCGAUUCGCUGCAAGGACAAGCAAUUGCGAAGAUCGUUUCCAAUUUCGGAUGGAAUUAUGUGGCAUUGUUUGCUUCAGAUGAUAUCUACGGCCGACCAUUGGCAGACACAUUCAAAACCGAAGCGAAAAAGCUCGGAAUAUGCUUGGCACUUGAUAUUCUGAUCCCGUACAACCCUCCCACGGGUGCGAUCAGAAAAUUGGUCAGCAAACUUCGCCGGGACAAAAAUAUCGAAAUUAUUCUACUCUUUACUUCCGAAGGUGAAGCUGUUGAUUUCCUCCGCGAAGCCACACUGCAAAAUGUUACUAAAAAGCUUUGGAUAGCUAGCGACUCUUGGGCAGACUCGCCGAAAAUUGCUGAAGAUAACGCGAAGAUUGUCGAUGGCAUGUUACGAAUAAUCAACCAGCCGAUAGUUGUGCCGGAUUUCAUGAAAUACUUUUACAACUUAAACCCGUUUAACAAUCCCCAGAACUUCUGGUUUAUCCAGUUCUGGGAGGAAUUAUUUCAGUGCUAUGUUUCCAAACACAACAUGACAUUAUCAAAGGAAAACCGUUUUACUGUAAGGGCUUCAUGCAACGGGAAAGAAAAGCUGGCAGAUAAAUUUCUUCAAACAGACGCUGUUUUUUCACGAGUGUCUUACGUCAUGGAUGCGGUGCUUUCCAUUGUCUACUCAGUUCGAAAAAUCUGUCAAUCAAAAUUUGGGACACAAAUGAGCUCAGAAAUGGCACGCAAGAAUGCAUGCAUCGACUUUGUCACACCCUCAUCAGUUUUGUCGAAUAUAUUUAACAUCACGUUUGACAGCGUAACAAACCGAACCGUAUCAUUCGACAAGAGUGGCGAUGACAUGGGACGCUAUGAUAUUAUCAACUUUAAAAAUCACGAGAAUGGUAAAUUGAACACCACAUUUUCGAAAAUUGGUGAAUACGAUGGCAAAACAGGUUCGUUAAAAAUAGACCGUCACGCAAUCCAUUGGCCUGGGGGUGUCACGUCUCCUUCUUACGGACUCUGCAGCCUGGAAUGUCCUCCAGGAACUUUCAAGGUGGUGGCGAAGCCCAUAUGUUGCUGGACUUGCAGGACUUGUCCCAGGGGUAGCAUAAGCAACGCACCUGGCGCUACUUCGUGUACCCAGUGCCCCUACAAUAAAACUCCCAACGAAAGCAAAACCAAAUGUGUUUCCACUCCAAUGAGAUUUCUUCGGUGGGACAGCACAUGGGCCUGGAUUUUAAAUGUCACCAUACUUUUUUGUGAGUCAGCUUGUUUUAUCACCGUACUUAUUUUUCUCCGCAACAAGGAGACGCCCAUUGUUAAGGCUGCAAAUAGGGAGAUCAGCUUUUUGCUGCUGUUUGGUUUAAUUUUAGGAUUCCUGAUUCCUUUAUUGUAUAUCGGAAGACCAACAGAUACCAUGUGCAAGAUACAAGUUAUCUCCUUUGGAACCAGCACUGCAUUUUCUUUGUCAAUGGUCUUAGCAAGAAUUAACCGGACGACUGUUGUUUUUAGAUAUAGCCGAGUAGCUCGAAGGAGUCAAUCGAAAUUUGUGAAGAAAUACUUACGUUUGUUUCUAUAUAACCGAACCCAAAUCAUGCUUGCGCUGGUUUCUACUAUCAUCGAACUUUUGCUCUGUGCUGCAUGGCUGUUGUCAAGUCCACCACAGGUCACUGCUCACCGGCUCACCAUGACAGAAAGAUUACUGAUGUGUGAGGCGACUGCAAGUUUUGGACAUAUCAUUUCGAAUGCGUUCAUCAUUUUUCUAAGUUUACUUUGUACAUUUGUGGCUUUCAAAUCGAGGAAACUACCUCAGAAUUACAACGAAGCGAAGUUCAUUAGUUUCGCCAUGUUCGUCUUCAACUUCGUGUGGCUGACUUUUGUCAGUACCUUUUACGGAACUCCAGAGGGAGAGCAUAAUGUUAUAGUCAACUGUUUUGCGAUUUUAGCAUCAAAUCUUGCCAUCUUGACUCUGAUUUUUGGUCCUAAGCUGUACAUUAUCCUUUUGCGGCCAGAUAUGAAUCAAGUAUCGGUAUUUAGGGCCAUAACAUCUCAGUACACUUUCAGGCCAAGUCGAAGAUCCCCCACCAUCACAUCAGAUAUGAUGGGCAAUUCAUGCAUUCUGAAAGAAAAUAAAUAUGUGCAGACAACUGCAGAAAUCAUGGAAGAAACCUGGCAUGAAAAAAUCUGCCAUGAACCAGUGCGUGUUGCUAUUGGCAUUGAAAAUCUUAAAGAAGAUACUAUAAAAGCCACGGAAGCUGAAAAAGAAACUACAGAGGGUAAAGAACUGAACGAUUUGGCACAUCAUACAUUGGGACACAUCAGGGUUCUUAACAUGAGAGCCGCGUCGGAUACCGCUUUGAACAGAUUUGCUGACAACUUUCAUGCACUGGCUUUCGGAAAAAUCGAAGGGACGCGAGCAUGCGUGGGGCAUACUACCGGCGAUGCAAAUAUGCACAUUCAUCAGAAACAGGUCAACCGAGAAGAAAAACCGUUCCUUAGUCACUACGUUGGUCUGAAACAAUUGCAUUAUCCUUUGAAAGUAGAUGGGGCAAAGGAGAACAACAGUAAUUUUGAUCGUCUGGAGAAAGAGCAGUGUGCAUUAUUAUCCAAAAUACAAUUGGAAAGUGAAGUGUAA